CUCAGCCCCCGUCACAUGACGAGGACUCACAAUUCAAGAUGGCUGCCGACAACUUACCCACCGAAUUUGAUGUUGUGAUACUCGGCACAGGACUGGCCGAGUCGGUCAUCGCUGCCGCAUGCUCCCGUGUGGGCCAGAGAGUGCUGCACAUUGACAGGAGGAACUACUAUGCAGGAAACUGGGCCAGUUUCACAUUUAACGGGCUGCUGGCCUGGAUAGAGGACUACAAGCAGGAGCAGCCGAGAGAUGCAGACUCAGACGGCAGUUGGAGGGAGAAACUGGAGGAGGGGGAGGAGCCUCUGCUGCUGGGUGCUUUGGGCACAGCCAUCUCCAACCUGCAGGUCUUCCGCUACGCUAGUGAAGAACCAGAAGAAGAAGAGGUAGCCACUCCUGUAGCUACGCCCACCCCAGAGGGCCCAUCCACAUCUGUGGAGGAGCCUCUGGCACAGAGCCAGUCUGCAGCCACGGAAGAGACGGACACAGGAAGUGAGGCCCCGCCCACUACAGACACACAGAGCGAAGCCACGCCCACCGAGGAGAGCGAGUCACAAAGCCAGGACACACCCCUGGAGUCUCAGACGCACGAGGACCCAGAACAGCAGGUUCAGAGGGAGGAGCCUCAGGAGGACCAGACUACAUCCAAUGAGGGAGACUCUGCCCCGUCCGAGCCCGCCCCCCCUGUGGAGACAAAGAAGAGGAAGAUCACCUACUCAAAGAUCCUGAAGGAGGGCCGCAGGUUCAACAUCGAUCUGGUGUCCAAGCUCCUGUAUUCUCGUGGCUCAUUGGUCGACCUCCUCAUCAAGUCCAACGUGAGCAGAUAUGCAGAGUUCAAGAACGUCAGCCGCAUUCUCACCUACCGCAACGGGAAGGUGGAGCAGGUGCCGUGCUCGAGAGCAGAUGUGUUUGGCAGUAAGCAGCUCACGGUAGUGGAGAAGCGCAUGCUGAUGAAGUUUCUCACCUUCUGCCUGGACUAUGAGCAGCACCCAGAGGAGUACCUGGAUUUCACCGAGCGCUCCUUCUGGGAAUUCCUGCAGACCAAGAAGCUGACGGAGAACCUCCAGCACUUUAUCCUGCACUCCAUCGCCAUGGUGAAGCCAGGGGCCCGCACCGGGGAUGGGCUGAGGGCCACACAGCACUUCCUGCGCUCUCUUGGUCGUUACGGCAACACGCCCUUCCUCUUCCCUCUCUACGGCAUGGGAGAAAUCCCCCAGUGCUUUUGCAGGAUGUGUGCCGUGUUUGGAGGGAUCUACUGUCUCCGACAUUCGGUCCAGUGCCUGGUUCUAGACAAGGAGUCCGGACGUUGUAAAGCAGUGAUUGACACGUGCGGACAGCGAAUCAGCUGCAGUCACUUUGUGGUGGAGGAGGGUUACAUCAGAGAGGAGCAGCGGAGGAACGUGACUUACAGGCAGAUUUCCAGAGCUGUCCUCAUCACUGAUCGAUCUUUGCUGCCUUCUGAAUCUGAACAACAGGUCUCCCUGGUCACUGUGCCCCCCCAGGACGGGGGUCCCACAGUCCUGGUGGUUGAGCUUUGCUCCUCCAGUAUGACCUGCAUGCCCGGCACCCAUCUGGUGCACCUCACCUGCCCCUCCUCUGGGACGGCCCAGGAGGACCUGGCCCCGCUGGUGUCCAGACUGUUCACAGAAGCGCCCAGCGCGGAGGAAGAGGAGGAUAAGGAGGAAGAGGGUGAGGUGGACAGCGAGAAGCCAACGCUCCUGUGGGCUAUGUACUUCAACAUGAGAGACUCUUCCGCAGUGGACAGGAGCAGCUACAGCCUGCCCAGCAAUGUGUACCCCUGCCCUGGACCAGACCCAGCCCUGGGGACCGACCACGCCAUCACACUGGCAGAGGCUGUGUUCCAGCAGCUCCUCCCAGACGAAGAGUUCUGCCCUCCUGCCCCCAAUCCAGAGGACAUUGUGUAUGACGGGGAGGGGCGCCAGGGGGAAGGGGCUGGCUUUGGAGAGCCCGUCCAACCAGAGCGCGAGCCGGAGGGCGAGAGCGAAGGGAAGGAGGAGCAGAAGGCGGAGUCAGAGCAGGACACUGAGGGAGCGCAGAUGAGCGUUGCCGUGGAGAGCCCACCUCCAGCCCCUCCCGCUGAAGAAUAACCUGCCCCUCCCCCUCUGUGACCACAUCCUGUGCUCCAAGCCCCGCCCCUUCCAUGUCCAGUAGUGUAGUAUCUCAGAGCUUGUGUUUACUUCUCCAGAAAGCCUUAUCCGAGGGGUACCCUGGCAGUGUGUGAGAGUGCGUUCACACGCCCCUCGUGUACACAUCCUGUGCAGUCCUCAGUUUUCAGCCAUCUCCUCCCUCCGGCACAGGGGACAGGCAGGGUGAUGUAGCAGUGUUGUCAAGACAAGACAGCGGCCAUUUUGGAUCAUGCUUCUCGAAAUGAUGCUUUUCUUGAUGGCUGUUUCUGUACUGCCAGGCUCUCUCAUCCUUUCCUUAACACACGACUUGCAUACAAGCAUGCGCACGCACACAUGCACGCAAUUCACUUUAGAACGAUUCACUUUGACUCUUUGGCUUUUUGUUGCAGAAGUCACAACGGUUUAUUAGGGACUGGACAAAUGCCUUGUCUGAGUCUCACUGCCUUAUCUGUUACCCCAUGCUCCGUACAGCCCACCGCCCCUAGUACCCCGCUGUGCGUCUACUGCUCUCUCUCCACUGCUCUGUCUACUGCUCUCUCCCACUGCUCUAUGUCUACUGCUCUCUCCCCUCUGUGCUGUGCAUCUACUGCUCUCUCUCCACUGUGCUGUCUACUGCUCUCUCUCCACUGUGCUGUCUACUGCUCUCUCUCCACUGUGCUGUCUACUGCUCUCUCCCACUGCUCUGUCUACUGCUCUCUCUCCACUGCUCUGUCUACUGCUCUCUCCCACUGCUCUGUCUACUGCUCUCUCCCACUGCUCUGUGACUACUGCUCUCUCCCACUGCUCUAUCUACUGCUCUCUCCCACUGCUCUAUGUCUACUGCUCUCUCUCCACUGCUCUGUCUACUGCUCUCUCCCACUGCUCUAUGUCUACUGCUCUCUCCCCUCUGUGCUGUGCAUCUACUGCUCUCUCUCCACUGUGCUGUCUACUGCUCUCUCUCCACUGUGCUGUCUACUGCUCUCUCUCCACUGUGCUGUCUACUGCUCUCUCUCCACUGUGCUGUCUACUGCUCUCUCUCCACUGCACUGUCUCUGCUGCUCUCUCUCCACUGCGCUGUGUCUCUACUGCUCUCUCUCACUGCUCUGUGUGUCUCUACUGCUCUCUCUCCACUGUGCUGUGCGUCUACUGCUCUCUCCCCACUGUGCUGUCUCUGCUGCUCUCUCUCCACCGCACUGUCUCUGCUGCUCUCUCUCACUGCUCUGUGUGUCUCUACUGCUCUCUCCACUGCGCUGUCUACUGCUCUCUCUCCACUGUGCUGUGCUGUCUACUGCUCUCUCCCCACUGUGCUGUCUACUGCUCUCUCUCCACUGUGCUGUGUCUCUACUGCUCUCUCCAUUGCGCUGUCUACUGCUCUCUCACUGCUCUGUGUGUCUCUACUGCUCUCUCCACUGCGCUGUCUACUGCUCUCUCCCCACUGCUCUGUGUCUACUGCUUUCUCCACUGCUCUGUGUCUACUGCUUUCUCCACUGCUCUGUGUCUACUGCUCUCUCCUCACUGCUCUGUGUGUCUCUGCUGCUCUCUCUCUCCCCACUGUGGUGUCUGCACUCUGUUGUGCUGUCAGUGUUCUACUAACGCCACUGACUCACCUGUGCUGCACUUAAUGUAUCAUUUCAGGACCAAAAGGUCCCCCCCCCCCCCCCCCCCCACCAAUACUGCAGCUAAGUGCCAUUUUUAUUUAACCACCAAUAUACAGUAUCAAAAUACAGCCAGCUCUUCGCCCUAUAUUGAUAUAUAUGGUAUUGUGCUUUAUUUAUUAUCUCAUUUAAUUAUUGUUAUAUUUACCCUUGUGAUGAUUCCAUUUUUUGCAUUUAAACUGGAUGACAAUAAAUAUCUAAUGGAA